CGUCACUGCUUCGCGCCGCCAGGGGCGCGGCGGGUGACGUCGACGGCGCGCGCGGCGCCGGCGGCGGCGGCGGGGCGCGGGGGCUGCCGGGACCCCCAGCGCCGCGCGGCGGCGGCGGCCCCGCCCCCUCCAUGAGCUGGCGGCGGCUGAGCGGCGCCAUCGCCCGGGCGGCGGCCAUGCAGGGGCCGAGGCCGGUGGUUCUGAGUGGCCCAUCAGGCGCAGGAAAGAGCACUUUGUUAAAGAAAUUGUUUAAAGAUUACGAGAACGUCUUUGGCUUCAGUGUCUCCCAUACCACAAGGAAGCCAAGACCUGGAGAAGUAAACGGCAAAGAUUACCACUUUGUGACCAGAGAGGAAAUGCAGAAAGAAAUUGAUGCUGGUGAAUUCAUUGAGCAUGCAGAGUUCUCCGGAAAUAUGUAUGGGACGAGUAAAGGUGCGGUGCAGGCCAUUCAGGCCCAGAACCAGAUCUGCGUCCUUGACAUCGACAUCCAAGGCGUGAAGAACAUCAAGAGGACAGACCUGAACCCCAUCUACAUCUCCGUGCAGCCUCCGUCCUUAGAUGUCUUGGAAAAAAGACUACGUGACCGACAGACUGAGACAGAAGAAAGUUUACGGAAGCGUUUGACUGCAGCCUGCGUAGAUUUGGAACUUAGUAAAGAGCCUGGCCUGUUUGACUUGGUCAUUAUUAAUGAUGAUCUAGAGAAAGCUUAUUCUGACCUGAAGGAAAUACUCCUGGAGGAAAUCAAGAAGGCCCAAGAAUCCAGGAAGUCCUGAGCUGAGCCGGCUUGGACGUUUUAACUUUGCACAUCAUUCCUGAAGCGCACCACAGUAUUUUAUUCCAAGAGACAUUCCCUUUAGCCUGAUCCCCUUUCAGAGUUACUCUAGAAUGUUUCUAUUAAAACAAAAGAAAACAAAA